AUCUCGUUGUUUUUUUUUAAAUUGUUUUGACGUCCUUAGUUGGCCGUAACCGGAAGUUCAGAAAAUAUUUUGUAAAUAAUUGUUUUACACAGAACAGUUGAUCAUGUUCCCGUAACGGACAAUUUUUAAAGGUACUGGUUGAAAAAGGUCAAACUGCAGUGAUGUCUGGUCGUGAAAUAAUCAUCGAUCAGGCACCCAUAAUGAUACAACCUCAAUGGGCUCCGGUUCCUGUUUCAACAGAUGAUAUUCGUGAUCUCUAUGAAGACCUGGAGUAUGACGAAGAUGCUAUCAGCCUAGGGUCUGCAGGUAGAUGGACAAAGGAUCGAGGAAGGAGCCAUUACGGUCAUGGCAGAAUUGGAAAGGGCCAAAAUGACAGUAAUGUAAUAGAAGAAGUAGAGGAAGAAGACAAUGAAAGAGAUGAUGAUGAUGACUCCGAGAUUCACUCAAGGGUUGGGGACUUUUUCACGGCCCCCUGCAGGGCUGCUGAGCAGGCCGAGGAGUUUGUAAAAAAAGUCUGGGAGGCUGGCUGGAGGGUUGUCCAUCAUAAUUCCUUGCCCAACUGGCUCCGAGAUAAUGACUUCCUGCACAAGGGACACCGUUUACCUACAAACUCAUUUCUGGCCUGCUUCAAGUCCAUAUUCAGAGUGCACACGGAGACAGGCAAUAUUUGGACACAUCUGUUGGGCAUGAUAGCCUUUAUAGGCAUUACCAGUUAUUUUGUUACUCGACCCUCGUUUGAGAUCCAGUGGCAGGAGAAAGCUGUGUUUUCUGCCUUCUUUGUGGGAGCAAUUGUCUGUCUGGGCUUCUCAUGGGUGUUCCAUACAGUCUUCAACCAUUCGCAAGGAGUUGGAAAACUGUUUAAUAAGUUAGACUACUGUGGAAUAGCAAUACUGACAAUGGGGUCUUUUGUCCCGUGGCUUCAUUAUGGUUUCUACUGCAAGCUGGGGGUGAAGAUAAUCUACAUGGCUCUCACUUUCGGCCUCGGAACUCUGUGUAUUAUUGUGUCUCUCUGGAGUAAAUUCAGUGAGCCUAGGUUCAGACCUUUACGGGCAGGUGUUUUUAUCGCAUUUGGCCUGAGUGGUGUGAUACCAGCCCUCCAUAUUGUGAUAACAGACGGGUUCUGGGAGGCCGUUAACAAGCAUUCUCUCGGCUGGCUUUCCCUGAUGGGUUUACUCUACAUUGUUGGGGCUCUCAUAUAUGCCAUCAGAAUUCCAGAGAGGUUAUUUCCUGGCAAAUUUGAUAUUUGGUUUCAGAGUCACCAGAUCUUUCACAUGUUUGUGCUGGCCGCUGCCUUCGUCCAUUACCACGGUAUCACAGAGAUCGCCAACUACCGACUCAGCAAUGGGGAUUGUCUUACUAAUGAGUAUUUCUAGGGAAAAUGGAAUAGAGUUUAUGUGGAACAAAUAGACAUAUUUAAUUAUUACAUAUAUAAAAUGAUGCACGCUAUUAAUAAAUAAAUACACUGCAGUUUUUGAGACAGUAUUUAUUGCACACGACUCAUUCUAAAUAUAUAAUUCACAUAUCCCUUGGAAUCAUGACACAUUUUAUUGACAAAUAUUCUAUAGCUAUGUACACUAUUUACAGUGUUGCAAGCUUCAUUCUUAUUUUGCUAUAUAUUUCUCUCAAGAUGGAUACAAAGAGCUUAUUUCAUGGUGCACAGAUCUGAAAAAUGUUCUCUCUUUGAUUAAAGGCAUCAUACAAAAAGUGUAGGACCAAUGUUGUAUGUUACCCAUCUGCAAUCAAUUGUGUAGAACUGGGUAACUUUUGGUACGUCAAAUCAUUUGAUUAAUUGGUCAAUUAUCCAAUAAUUACAAUCAAUAUAUCUUUAUACUAAUGCCAGCAGCAGUCAGGUGUUAUAUGGUAUACUACUGGUAUUAUCUCAUUUCCUCCAGUUUUGGAGGGAGACAAUGAAUAUAAACAGAACUCCUUAAAGUGUUCAAGCCGUAAGCAGCCUUACAGCCAACCUGUAAGCAGACUUACAGCCAACCAGUAAGCAUCUUACAGCCAACCCGUAAGCAGCCUUACAGCCAACCCGUAAGCAGACUUACAGCCAACCCGUAAGCUGUCUUACAGCCAUCUCGUAAGCUGUCUUACGGCUAUAGUCAGAUAAAGGAGAGUUCAGAAUAUCCUUUCAGGAAAGGCCUACAUGUAUGAUUAUGUAUGGUAUAUGUUUGAUGAUAAAAGCAUGAAGGAGAACUUGCAAAUGACAAAUUAUGAAUUACCGUAUUAUAGUUAGAAUAUUGUGAUUAAAGCUGUUGUGGAUAACUCACAACUCACACACCAGCGCAUUACUUGUUCAUGUUGUAUAUAUUCUUUCAUUCGAAAUUGUUGUUAUUUUAAAUUUGUUGUGCACUACAUAAAUCAUAAUUGAUGAAAUUGUUCAUAAUUAUGUAUGUAAAUUUUAAAAGUGACACUUUUAUCUUGUAAAAUAGUGUAAUGUUUUGAAUUGAGCAUAUAAUUAUGUUUGUGCAAAACUGCUAGUUUCCAAAAAAAAUUGAAGAAGUUUGACAUUAAUUGAUGAAAAACAUUUGCAUUGAUAUUGAUGCUGAGUGACAUGAAUUAGAAUAUUAAUAGUUCGGGAAAAAACUAGAGUUUAUAAGGUUAAAACUUAAACUUUUGAAAUUAUUGUUCUUAAACCCUGACUUUAACAUGUUCACAGAACAUAAAAAGUAUCAAAUUACUUCUCUGUAAUUUUGCUUCAAAGUGAGAUAAUUCAGUUUAGUAUAAUUUAGUUCUGACAGCUUUUAUCUCAGGCUUCAUAUUCUUCAAGAACUCAGCCCUGGAAUGACCUUUUGUUUUGUUUACAUUAAGAUUUUUCUUAAAAGUAAGAAAUAAAUAACUUGACACAUGAGAACAAUUCUAGAAAAGUGACAGCAUUGCAAUCUGCCAACUGUAUUAUAUUCUUUGUUGUUUGUACCAAUUCUCAUUAAUUGUGGAUAAUGUUUGUUUGUCACCAUUUUAAUACAUAUGUGUGAACCUUUCAAA